AUGCCAUCUCUCGUAUUGUCAUUGGCGAAAAUGUCACAACGGGGUCUGCCGCUCCUAGAAGCAGAUUUGCAAGCGACACCGACUGGCCGAGCUCCAUCUUUGGCCAUGCGAUCGAGAGACGAAAAGCCCGUCGACAAAUCAAGUGCAUUCUUCAUUAUUGCCAUGAUUUUUGCGGCUAUUAAUGGGAUUAUGAGUCUCUGUUUCCUUGUAGUACUAUUCAAGCCGCUUUGCAAAAGGUACUGGAAGCUACCGCGGCGGUGCCUAGCAUUUCUCGCGGCAGUCAGACUCGUGGUCUGGAGGAUGCUGGGGAGGCAGGAGCCCACCGUAGACUCUCUCUCGAGACGGUACAGAGAGGCUCUCGAGAAGAUCGUUUCGGCACGCCUUGAGAAGGAGUCGAGCAACGAAUUUGGAGAGCCAGUCUUUGUCUCUCACUACACCAAUAACGGCGUCUUCCGCCACUGGGUUCUGCACGCGCAUGGCCACAAGUACGAGCUGCGUCGAAAGGCACCCUCGGUAGCACGAAUAGAAUGGCAGGGUUCCACCAGCCUUUUCGCCUCGGCAGAGUAUUACGAGCCGGCCGUUGGCGUCUCCGGCUUUUGCACAGAGCUUUACAAAUCGUCCGUGCUGGCGGCCUACUCUCCCGAGGUUGGAAGCUAUUUUUACAGCAUGGUUGGGUGGACGACCCUUGCCGAGGAAGACGUCGAACGCGAGUGUUGGGAGGUGUUUCAGCGUUUUGGUAACUACGGUCUCUUCUACAACAACUGCCAACAUUUCCUGCGCGCACUGGCCGAUAAGAUUGUGACUACCAGGGCACCCGACUGGCAGUGGUUGAUGAAGAAAUCACCGAGUGGCUACACGUACGGCUUCAAAUAUCCUUUACCGUACGAGGCCAUUUGUGCAGCAACGGCAAUUACGCGCCUGAAACGGGCCAGGCCCCAUCUAAGUCCAGAGGAACAGAAGGAGGCGGACAAGUUCAUCGAAUCGCUUGAGGACCGCGUCGAGACGGUCGUACGUCAAGUUUCGAGCAAAUCUGUUUCGCUUUUCAAUACUAGAGUGAUGGGUGGUGGUGGUGGUGAUGGCGGACAAGGAGCAGGAGAUGGGGGACAUGACGGAGGACAUGGCGGAGGACAUGACGGAGGACAUGGCGGAGGACACGGCGGAGGACAUCAUGAUUAUGGAGGUGGCGGGUGGCAUGGCGGAAGUGAUGGCGGAGGCGGAGGAGGCGGUUCAUGCUGA